GUAGGUUUCUGGUCGUCUGCGGRGAUGUGCUGAUUCUGAACGGGCUUGUUUUAAAGCCGCCCAGCAGAGAACGUAUAGCUCCACGGUAGGAGCUSCGGGGAGCUGGAGCUGAGCUUUGUUUUUUUCUCUCCCUCCAUCCCUCCUCGGAAGCUUUUUUAAAUCCGAAAYGUCCUGGUCGAGAGGAAUGUAGCACCAGUUUUACCUGAGACUGUGGAUACCUUUGCGUUUCAGCGCACCAAGCUCCUUUAUUUUUUAUUUUAUUUUAAUUUUGUUGGAGAAAUAAGGGAACUCCUGCUGGUGCGUACAAUUGAAAAUAAAUAGGGUUAUGUAGGGACAGUUUCCUGGAACUGCUGUUGUACAUGUUGCAAUUGUAUUUUCCAUCAUUGCGGAGGCAGUAGAAGUAGUAGUAUUAGCUCCCACCCUCCUGCUCCACAUCUUUUUCCUCUUUUCUCCGCUGGUUCCGAGUUGUUGUUUUUUUUUUUGUUUCUUUGGUGUUCGUGGAUUAGUAGAAGAUGGGACUACCCGCUCUGGAGUUUAGUGACUGCUACCUGGACAGCCCGCAGUUCAGGGACAGGCUCAAGUCCCACGAACUGGAGCUGGACAAAACCAACAAGUUCAUCAAGGAGCUGAUUAAAGACGGCAAAGCGCUGAUCCAGGCUCUGAAAUGUUUGUCGACAGCAAAGAGGAAGUUUGCAGACUCUCUCAACGACUUCAAAUUCCAGUGUAUUGGUGAUGCUGAAACAGAUGACGAGAUAUGCAUUGCCAAGUCACUUCAGGAGUUUGCAACUGUCCUACAAAACCUGGAGGAUGAAAGGACAAGGAUGAUCGAAAACGCCAACGAUGUGUUGAUUAUUCCACUGGAGAGGUUUAGGAAAGAGCAGAUCAGUGCAGCCAAGGAAGCCAAGAAGAAAUAUGACAAAGAGACAGAGAAAUAUUGUGCAGUGCUAGAGAAGCACUUGAGCCUUUCAGCAAAGAAAAAAGAGUCCCAUCUACAUGAAGCGGACAACCAGGUGGAUCACGUGAGGCAGCAUUUCUACGAAGUUUCUCUGGAGUACGUCUUUAAGGUGCAAGAGGUCCAAGAGAGGAAGAUGUUUGACUUUGUGGAGCCUCUGUUGGCAUUUCUUCAAGGCCUGUUCACCUACUAUCAUCAUGGCUAUGAGCUGGCAAAGGACUUCAACCACUUCAAAACUGAUCUCACUAUCAGCAUACAGAAUACAAGGAACCGUUUUGAGAGCACAAGGUCUGAGGUUGAGAGUCUGAUGAGGAAGAUGAAGGAGAACCCUCAUGAGCACAAGAGUGUCAGCCAGCACACCAUGGAGGGCUACCUGUUCGUGCUGGAGAAGCGUCCUUUUGUUUCUACCUGGGUGAAGUACUACUGCACUUACCACCGUGAGCCCAAGAAGUUCGCCAUGGUUGUGUUUGACCCCAAAUCAGGGGGAAAAAUGGGUGAGGAGGAGAGUUUCAUCCUGAAGUCGUGCACCAGGAGGAAGACGGAGUCCAUAGAAAAGAGGUUCUGUUUUGAUGUCGAGGCCAUGGACAGACAAGGCAUAAUCACCAUGCAGGCUCUGUCUGAGGAGGAUCGCAGGUUGUGGAUGGAGGCUAUGGAUGGUAGAGAACCGGUGUACAAUCUCAACAAAGACAACCAAACUGAAGGCAUGGCCCAGCUGGAUGUUACUGGGUUCAACGUCAUGAAAAAAUUCAUCUACGCUGUGGAAACUCGAGGUAUUGAUGAGCAGGGUCUGUACAGAAUCGUUGGCGUAAGCUCCAAAGUACAAAAACUACUGAGCCUGACUAUGGAUCCUAAGACGUGUGCUGAUGUGGAGCUGGACAGCCCAGAGUGGGAGAUUAAAACAAUAACGAGUGCCAUCAAGCAUUAUCUAAGGAUGCUGCCUGCGCCUCUCAUGACGUACCAGUACCAGAGGAGUUUCAUCAAAGCUGCCAAGAUGGACAAUCCAGAGGCCAGAGUGACAGAGAUCCAUGCUCUUGUUCACCGAUUACCUGAGAAGAACAGACAGAUGUUGGAGCUGCUGAUGAAACACCUGUCCAACGUAGCCAGUCACCACCAGCAGAACCUGAUGACUGUCGCCAACCUGGGUGUGGUCUUUGGGCCCACUCUGCUUCGCCCGCAGGAGGAGACGGUUGCAGCCAUCAUGGACAUCAAGUUCCAAAACAUCGUAGUGGAAAUCCUCAUAGAGCACCAUGAGAGGAUAUUCGGGGACGUGCCCAAUUCGACAGGCAAUUCAACAAACAUACAGCUCGACCAGUCGAGGAGGAGAAGCACUGAGGGCAAAGCACCGUCCUGCAGUGAAAGGCCUCUCACGCUAUUCCACACACCGACACAUUCUCACACAGGUGAAAAGAGGAACAGUGUUGGCAACACCCCAGCUCCUGACACACAGCAUCCGGUGUCUUCCUCUACAAACUGUAACAGCAGCAGCAGCAGCAGCAGCACCGGCAGCCACAAUAAAACCCCCAGACACAGCCUGACCAGCAACGAUGGAGAGCAGGACGGCCGACAAAUCCGACCCAGCUCACUACUGAACCCAAAGAGUCGAGGCAGUAUACCACCAAGUGCAAUAUCUCCGAGCCCCACCUCGCCCCGUUCUCCCUCCUGGCCGAUGUUCUCAGCGCCUUCAAGUCCACAGCCGAUCUCAUCCGCUUCCAGUGACUCUUCCCCAGUCAGGUUGGUCCAUGUUGGUUCUUUGUUUUGUUUUAUUUAAAGCUUGUAUGGUUGCUGAUCCCAGAAAAAURCCAGUAAAAGUUUGUCUCUAGAUUUUUUUGACUUAGGCCAUAAUUCAAAAGAAAYACCAAUCACUUAGUUGAACAUUUUGCUUUCACAUUUUUAUAAAUCAAAUACAAACAUCAACUGAUGCUUGUAUUAGUGCAUAAAAAUCUAGUCCAGAUUUAACUAUUCUAAAAGUAAAAGGUGUUAAAAUACCAUUGAUUUAUUAUAGUCCUCAUGUCAAAAAAUGGUGAUAUAACCUUCACUAUAACAACUAGAAGAGUUUAAUGAUUUGUGGGACAUAAAAAAAUAAAACCCAACUAAGCAAAUGUUUUAUGCUCAGAUUUAUAGGAUGCUAUAAAAAUAUAGGUAAAGUUAACAACAGCUGGUAAAUAUAAUAUUUUUUGUAAGCAGUGAGCAUAAAGGAAKUUGGUGUCCAGAUUAAGCCUCAUUUCUCCAUCUGUUGAGCAAAGUUCAUCCGAGUCCUAUUAAAGUAAAUGUCUUAAAUGUUUAUUGGGGGCAUUGUUCUGUGCCCUUAAGCRUGAUGYGACCRCUGAUCUUCCCUAUGAAAGGAGAUCAUUCAAAAGCUAAAUCAGAAGAUCAGGGGUUACAUCCUGGAUCAAGAAAAUGCUCUGAACUAUUUAUAUACAGGUCAGACGGCACCCUUUCUUAUAUAAGUCCCUCUAUUUAAAUUGGAAUAGAAAACAGCAACGCCGAUUGGUUGCAGUCUCUCACCUAAACCUUGGCAGAUGUACAGCAACUGAAUGCUCCACAUUUAAAGACUUAAGUAUCUGGUGAUGCCAGAGGAGCUGCUAAUACCUGGUUCUCUCUGUGACUGCUUAAAGCCCAAAGUAGCCUUUCACUCAGAACGCUGUCUAGAGAAGUACCUGGUAAAGAUGUAUAAACCCCCUAAAAGUAGAUUUCUCCUUUUCAUUUAUGUCUAGUGAAGAACGUCCAUGUUGAUUUGGGUUUAUGAAUCAUCAACUUUUUAAAAAAUCAGCAGAUUUCUUUCAGGGUCUUCACCCUGAUCAUCCAUAUUGAAGUGGUKUUCCUACAUUCAUCCUUUGGUUCAAACCAGGAACUCCUGAAUAGUUUUUAUUAUUGUUUUUGCUGGUAAGCUCAAUACCAAUGUCAUUUGACUCCAUAGGUUUACAAUUGUUAUGGUAGGAAAGAAAGGCCUUUUUCCUGGCAUUUAUUUUAUCUACUUCAAAAUUCAGCUUUGACU